UUUGAACAUCUUAGUUGAAUAUUAGUUUAGGAAAUAAACGGGCUAGCUGGGAAGCAGUGUAGCAGAGUUGCAUUUCUAUAGUAUUGUCUUAAUUUUUUCUGUUGUUCUGCAUAUAUGUGAGCUUCAUAAAGGAAUAAAAUACACUUAAAUAUAUUGGGCUGUGAAAUACAGAGGGUCAGACUGGACAGUAUAAAGAUUUGGUUUUAAACUUUACUCCAGAGAAUAAUGUACAGCACUUGAGGUUCAUUAAAAGAGGGCGAAAAAUUAUCUAAUAAGUAAGUUUAUGUCUUAAGGACACUGCUUGUGCAUUGCAACUCUAAGGACUCCAAACUCUUCGAAUAAAACUGAAAAUUCGGUUCAGCUGAAUCAAUACCAUUGUGAUAAGUACAGUAGUCAUGAUUUUGUAGGACUGCGGAACCAUAUAUAGCUAGAUUCAUCAAGUCACAGCAUCCAGAGCUGACGGGGGGAAAAAAAAAUAAACUGUGUACAUUUAAAGCCACAGAAUACUCCAUUAGGAGAAUUGUUUAUGGUGACCUGUUAUGAUCAAGUACAGCAUCAUUACUGUUACUGAGUUUUAGCUCAGUUAAUAUAAAUCUGGACAUAAAGUAUACAGCUUUCUCCUCCCCUUCUUUCACAACCUCUUUUAAAAUAGAUUGGUUAUUUCUGAUAUUCACAGUGCAUUUAAUAAAUUACAUUUCAAGGGGUGGAAUUUUCUGAACAGUUUUCUCAUGGGUUAUUCCCGUUUAAGAAGAUGAGAAAGGAAACCUGAGAUCAGAUUUCAGAAGGAAGUUUAGCUUGGCUAGGGAAGGUUGAACUUCAUCUCAAAGUUAAUCAUCAAUUGGUAAAUAAAGAUGUUUGUUCAGGUUCUCAAAAUAUACCUCACAGACUUUUAUCAUAAAAAGAAGAUUACUGAUGAUUUGUUCAAGAAGAUCCUCUUAAAUCAGAAAAAUGAUUUUGAAGAAUUACAGAAGCAGCUUCACUCUAGACUCCAGAAUACUGAGGUGUCAGGAGCCCAUAAUUCAGAGUACCAGACUGUAGAAGACUUAGAAAGGAAAGAAAGGGAAUAUUCUGAGCACAUAAUAGAUAAUAUGGAAACUUUCUGGAAGCAGACUGACAAAGCCCAGCAGGCUUUUUUGGACCAAACAAAAUGCUCAAGUGCCAAAGCAACAAAGAUAAUGAUGGAUCUGACUGAGAAGAUGAUUGCAGUAGAAAGCUUAUUAAGUGAAUCUCAAGAUUUGCAGGCAAUGGACAUUCAGGAAAGGUUAUUCAGCUGGGAGCUUAUGGUGAAAAUGGUUGAUUCACUGAAGUCCUAUAUACCAGAAGAGUGCAAGUGUAGAUUAAAUAUUGUAUCAAAUAUUCUAGACCAUUUAACUGUAAAGAAUAAUCUCUCUGUCCGACAAAAAGAAGAACUUUUAACAGAUCUGCACAAGGCCUUCUGGGAACAGCUGGCGCAUUUCAGUAAUGAAUGUAUGCAGCAAAGUAAAGACAUGAUCUUGAAACAACUGGAGUGCCGUGCAAAGAAGAGAGAAGAGCUCAAAAACAGACACAAAGCUGAACAGGGGAGUCUCCUCAGUAAAACUUUUCAUAAUGAAGAUGUUCAUGAUUUUCUUAAGGCUUACCAUGAGCUGCUAGAGAAGCAUCGACAAGCACAGUGGGAACUGGAGGAGGAGGAUGACUUCAAGAGCACUGAGGCUGUUGCAGAUCUCUACAAGGAACUGUACUAUAAAGCUUCCCAUGCUUUAGCAGAGUUGGUGACGGAGCUGUUUCUUCAGAUCCUGCCUGUUGUGACCGGCCUCUCUGUAAGAGAAUGUGAGCUUCUGAAAGAGGAAUGGCAGGAGAAUUUGGUCCCUCUGGAGAAAUGGGAGACCCACCACCAGAGACGCUGGAAGCUUUUCCAGGAGCAGCUAUUGCAAGAAAAAAAACUAUGGAUAAAGGAAUAUGCUCUGUCUGCUGUGAUGCAAAAGCACCUGUCUGAGAAACAAGAGAAGAUAAUUCAAGGUGUCGUAAGCAGACUAGGGUGCCUCAGUGAUGAGUCUGUUAACUAUAUAUUGCAAAAACAUCGGCUUCUGCUGUGUUCAGUACUCAGAAGGUUAACCCUCCGAAGAGUUGGAAUGGCAGCCCUGGCCUGCAUGAGACUGUCCAGAAAGAAGAGCUUGCUUCAGGAACUGAGAGAACAACAUGCCCUGCAGAAGGGAUCCUACCCCUGCCAAGAUGAGGACCAGUGGCAGUUACAAAAGGCAGUGGAGUCCCACAUUCUGGAAGAGGAGGAGAAGCUCGAGGAAGAAACACAGCAAAUCCAUUUAGAAUUUCACCAGCAGCUAGUCACAGAAAUCCAAGAAGCUCUUCAGUUUCUUCAGCAGCAUAUGGAGCAGGUGAUUGGGCAGACACUGCUGCAGCAUGCGCGAAGGGAAGCUGGAAAAAAGAGUUCAAAUGAUGGACAGGACUUUAAGGAGAGACUGGUAGAAGCUGCUGUAGAAAGUGUGUAUGGGACCAGCGAUAAUAUCAAUAGACUGGUGCAAAACUACUAUCAACAGUUAGGAAAAAUCACAGAAGGCUAUGAAGGGAAAAAGCUUCAACAACUGAAAUCCUUACGAGCAGAAAGAGGGGAAAGGAACAGAGUUAAGAAGAAACAAGAGAAUGAACUGGCAUUGGAAGAAAAACAGACCCAAGGCCUGCUGAACGUAUCAUCCACAGUCCAUCAAAGGACUGUGCUGCAGCAGCAGAAGGUUUUGGCUCAGUUUGAACUGCAGCAGCAAAUUCGUCUGAAGUCUCUGAAACAGAAGCUGCUGGAAUUGCAUCACCUAGAAACUGAGUUGGAGAAUCAGCUAAGGGAAGCAGAGCAGGACUUUGUGAGUGAGUUGGCUGUGCUGACCCGAGUUCCAGUGGCUGUGAAGAAGCAGCCUUCCAAAAGGAGCAAGCCAGCAGGGGAAAAAACAAACUCGGAAAGGAAGACCUUUCAGUCACCAGAAUCAGCAGACAAAGAUGAUUCUCAUGAGAAUAUUCAAGAGCUCCCUGGACUGACUUCUGGCUUAUGCAGGGGAAUCCUGGCCUCUGAAAGACCAGUGGAAGGUUUACCAUCAUCUGCUGCCCUUGGGAUACCUCUUCCCAGGUGCUGUGGCACAGAUCAGAGCUACGGCACACUCCAGCGUGAGGACAGUACCCACACAGGGGACUCGACCUGCAAAGACUGCACUGGGGAGCAGGGACACUGUAAUGGAACAUACUGAACUGGAGCCCAGUUUCCUGGUUCUAAGAGGCAUCUUCCAGGAGCAGGACUUGCACUUUAAUGCCCAUUUUUGAAAUGUUUAGAAGAUCACAGUGGUUUCUUAUUCUCAGACUUCAGAGAUUUGUAAGAAUAUUCUCAAAAAUAAAUAGGUCUGAGUGCUUUACCCCCAGCUCCAAACUCACUAUGCUGCUUACGCUGAUAGCUGCAGCAAGAAAUAUUAGCAUAAAGCUUCCCAGCUCCGCUUUUUGUCCCCAGAAUCUCUGAGCAAGGCUUCACAUUGUUAUGUUUCACUUGUUUCUGCCAGAUUCAGAAAAGGUCUUUUAGCUUCCUUCUGCCCCCCUCAUCCAGUCCUCAGCUGGUGCCAAGGCAAGGAGCUGUCGGGAUCCCUGCUCUGCCUCAUCAAUGCUCUACCAAAGCAGGCAAAAGGGCCUCCAUCCCCUCAUCCCAGGCUUUACACCAGCGGUGUGUAGUGAGUGCAUCAGGCUCAGUUAAAGCACCUACCAGGUAGUUCCUUUCUUCCUACCCGUUUUCUGACUAGAGGGUUUUAGUUCUCCUCUCUUUUCUCUAUCU